CCCCGGAUCCGGGGUUUAGCGCCGGGGCCGUUGCGUCGUACCUGGAGCCUUCGGUCCUGACUCCCCCCCCCCUCCUCUUCGGUCGGCCCGGCUCAGCCCGCGGAGCCCGCGCCGCAGACAUGGGAAAAUCCCUUUCUCACCUGCCUAUGCACACGUGCAAGGACGACGGCUACGAUGGGGGCACGGUGUCUGAUAACAUGAGGAACGGGUUGGUUCACUCGGAGUCGCACAACGAGGAUGGCAGGUGUGGGGACGUGUCGCAGUUUCCCUACGUGGAAUUCACAGGAAGAGACAGCGUCACCUGCCCCACUUGCCAGGGAACAGGAAGAAUUCCACGAGGGCAGGAAAAUCAGCUGGUAGCAUUAAUUCCAUACAGUGAUCAGAGACUGAGGCCAAGGAGAACAAAGCUCUACGUGACCGCUUCUGUAAUUGUAUGUUUGCUGCUUUCUGGGCUGGCUGUUUUCUUCUUGUUUCCUCGCUCGAUCGACGUUGAGUACAUUGGAGUGAAGUCAGUGUAUGUCACUUACGAACAGGGUAGACGUAUAAUUUAUCUAAAUAUCACGAACACACUAAAUAUAACAAACAACAACUAUUAUUCUGUUGAAGUGGCAAAUAUCACGGCCCAAGUUCAGUUUUCCAAAACAGUUAUUGGCAAAGCACGGCUAAACAACAUCACCAACAUUGGUCCUCUGGAUAUGAAACAGAUUGACUAUAUGGUGCCCACAGUCAUACAGGAUGAAAUGAGCUACAUGUUUGACUUCUGUACUUUAGCCUCUAUCAAAGUGCAUAACAUAGUAGUGAUGAUGCAAGUGACAGUGACAACCUCUUACUUUGGCCACUCUGAGCAAAUAUCCCAGGAGAGAUACCAGUAUGUGGACUGUGGAGGAAACACAACCUACCAGCUGGGCCAGUCAGAAUAUUUAAAUGUCCUGCAGCCUCCUCAGUAAAGGCGCCGGUCGGGUCGGUGUGGAGCGACUGCUCUUGCUGCUUGCUGAGAUCCUUUGGACAGGACUGGUACUACCUGAAGGGGAGAGCACGUGCAUGUGAAGCCUAACGAACACGGUGACCCCUUCACUUUAGAUACAAGGAGGGAAAAGGUGCAAAAAUGUACAUAGAUGCACUCGUUAAAUGUCGUGUUUUCCCCUUCUGUUUGUUUUCUGUUCCCGUGAGCACUUCUGUCGAGCGGCGUGGUGGGAGGGAGAGGGGGAAUAGCAGAUUCUUGAACAGAAUCCAGGACCUUUCCUUACAGUGUGGUACAUCAGCUUAGAGUAACUGUGUGUAUGUCUGUGUGCAGGUGAAAUGUGUCACUAAUGAGCAUUUUUAGAAAAAAAACCUGAUACUCGUAAACUUUUAAGUUUAUAUUUCAGUUCUUGGUAUUUGACAAACUGGCAGUAUUACUACUUCAGUAACACGAUUAAAUUGAGGUCUUUGGGUACGAAACUUCUAAUAGCAAACCAGUGGCAAUAGCUCUUUAUUUUGGAAUUCUAAUUUUCAUUUGUUGUACGUGGUUAGAAGUGACAUGUGAAAGCCAGGACAGCUCUCUUGGAUGACACUAUACUUGAAAGUGCAAUUUCUAGAAUCUGGCAUCUUUUCAUUCGUAUUCCCUCCUGCUACCUCUGGGAUGUUAUAAGGAGAAUGUAUGUUAUUAGAUUUAAAGUUGUGUUUAAAAACAAAACAAAACCCCAAAAUCAUUACUGAAAAAAGGAAAAAUUCAAGAUUGUAGAAGGUGAAUGGGUAAAAAAAACUUUGAUGUUGUCAUUCUGCUUUGUUUUUUAGUAAACUUUUGAGUUCAGCUAUAAAAAUCAAGAUUGUGCAGUUUGAACUAGGUGCGAAAGUGAGCAUGGUUUUGGGCAGCUUGAUGUAAAUUUUCAUAAUUUUUAUUGUUUUAAUAUACUGCGUGUCUAAACUGCUUGUCAGUGUUCAUACGUCGGGGUGUGUAUAUCUAGUGUGCAGGCUCCGUACGCAACGCAGUAGUUACUGAAUCUCCAGAGCACUCUCAGUUCACAUCAAAAAUUAUGUAAAGGAAGGAUAAAGCAAUUUUUUCUGUAAGAGUGAAUGCUGAUGUAAUCAUGAGACUGACUUAUUAACAAAGCUAUUAAAUAGUUUUGGUAGGAUAGUUUUGCACAGGGGGAAUUUUCGGGGUUAUCACCAAACACGGUGAUUUGUAAAUUUGGUGUCCAAAGUUGCUUGACUUCUGAAGGCUGACUGUUGGAAGGGUUAAGUACAAAACUUUUUAACUCAAUCACAAUUGUUUUAUUUCUGAAUUAGAUAAAAUGCAGCUGUAAGAAGAUACUGUUGAGACUGUUGCGUUGUAAUGAAUAAUAUAACUUUUAAAAUAGAUGUUGCGGUUUUUACGCUGCCCAUCUCCUGAAAAUAAGCUAUAUAUGAAAUGAAUUGGCAAUAAACACUAUGGAAAAAGG